AUCAGAAUGAGUUCAGCCAACAUUAUUGAACCAUCUGGACAAGGAGACACAUCGCUAAAGUUCACCGCCGGUCUGAUUAUGUCAGUGCCAUUCGAGGCCGAACUGACGCACCUACUGGAUCCUUCCAGGAUCCGAUUGAAGAUUAAGUAUCCAGACCAGCGAACCCAAGUGGUGGUGCCGAAACCCACUCACCUGAAACCUCUUCACUAUGACACACUUAAUAAAGAGCCACCUAUUGGGUACAACAUUCGACUGCUCAGCUCGGUGUUGGUGUCGCAUCAAGUCUGGUCAGAGGCGUGCAAUGUGGAGAUGAAUAUUGCGCUUUGCGUGCCUGAGGCGGACAUUGGCAAACGGAAGUCCAGCAUGGACUCCAAUCCCACCAUGCUGGAUUUGUGUGCGCCAGUAAGAGUCAGCAUUGCGCCCAAACCCAUCAAGAAAACUCUGUGAAUGAUGGCGAUGUUUUGUCACGUGGGUCAAGAGACGUGCCAAUCAGCUGCCUGCCCAAGACGACUUAGUUGUUUAUCCAUAUCAAUAUCAGGGUGGGAAUAAAUUGGAUGAAUUCAAAUAGA